CUAUAAGAACCCCAUCUCCCACAUCGCCUCCAUCACUUCAUUUUCUCUCUGCAUUCAAUCAAAACUACUCAGCAUCAGUCAGCUCGUACAGACAUGAAGAUGAGCAGUGCUACCAUGGGAUCCUCAAAGAGAAGGCUAUCAAGCAGAGGCCCUGGAGGUGUUCUCCGAGAGCAAAGGGCUAAACUUUAUAUUAUUCGAAGAUGUGUUGUUAUGCUCCUUUGUUGGCAUGAUUGAAUUUGAACCCCACCCCCCUUUUGGGGACUUUUUUCCCCCUUUCUUUCUUUCUUUCUUCUUGUUUUGGUGGAGUGUAAAUACUGGCGGCGGAUGUUAUCGGAGAGUUAGAAAGGAACAAUUUUUGUAUGCAUUGGCCUUGUGGCCUACAUGUAAAUUAGAUAGCUUGAAUUGAAUCUUCAAUAUAUUAGUUUAUUAUUUAAUAAUUCUUUUA